AUGGAGAGCGAGCUGGAAGCGCUGGCCCCGCGGCCCGCGAGCCCGGCGGAGCCGCCCUUCCAGGCGCUGGUGGAGGCGGCGGGAGGCCGCGGGCAGGUGCUGCUGGUGGGCGAGCUGUGGGAGCGCGAGCAGAGCCGCGCGUUGCUGCGGGACUUCGCCCGUGCGGUGUUCCCUCCGGAGCCCGCGCCGGGCAAGCCGGACUGCGCAGAGGCCGAGAGCGCCGGCACCGCGGCGGCCCCCGAGCCACACGGGGCUCCGCGGGCGAAGGCGGAGCGCGCCAUCCGCUCGCCGCUCAUCUUCGUGCUGUGCCGCGCCGGAUCGCUGACCUCCCGGGAGCCGCGGCGCCGCCUGCGGGAGAUGUUGCGGGACGUGCGCGGCCGGAGGCGGGAGGGCGCCGCGCUGGUCGGGGUCCUGGUGGCCGAUGCCGGUGCGGAGGACUCGGGGUCCCACGAACUGCAGCUGCUGGAGACGCUGCUGCGCACGGUGUUCCGCCACCAGGUCGGGGGCCCGGUGCAGGCUGCAGUCUUCCGUCCCAGCUGCCCGGCCUCCAGCCUGGCGGUCCAGGAGGCGGCCUGCAGGGCCCUGCAAGCUGCCGGGCCGGGACGACCAGCAGAAGGUUCCUGGGAAAGACCAGGCCUCUCUGGCCUCCUCACUUGCUUUUCCUGCGGUCCUCGGAGGCAGGGGAAGAACCGAGGUGUCACCUCCUCUCCAGGCCCAGCUCAAGAACACCUCCAGGUCUCAGAAGAGGAGCUUGCACUGACACCUGUAUUUCCCAAUGGAGACUGUGAAGAUCGUGGAAAUGAAUCUAGAACCCGGGAUGGAGUUGUCCACGUGCCGCCACCUGACCCCUCGGAGGACACAAGAUGAAGGCUGGACCCCUGGACUGACCCUAACCUGCACGCUGGGCUCUGACCCCUCUCAGUGAGUCUCCAUGUCACAGUGUUACCUCAGCAGAUGGUGACUGACUCACUAUAAAGACCCCUGUGCUUGGGGGCUGCCGUUUCACCAUCACCAGCUCUGCGGCAAGGCCUGUGGAACCUGCUCCACACUUAGUGUUCCUUUCCUCUGUGGCCAUAGUGGGUUGAUCUUGUCUCUCUGUGCCUUCAUUUCUUUGAGCCAAGGAGCCUCUGUAACAGCUCUGCAGUCUUGUCACUCAGUCUCUGGGCUUGUUUCCCAAAUGACUGAAGGGCUGCCAACCCAGUGGCUUUCCCCCAGGAGCCACGCUGCACCUCCGGGCAACACUGGAAACCUGUGUGAAAAGCAAUUAGUGGCAUCUCACAAGUGUGUAAGGUGGACCAGCUACAAAUAAUUAGUUUACUCAGGAUGUGACAGUUUUGAGAAAUAGAAGGGCCAAUCCCUUCUCCCUGUCAUUCUCGGAAGAGAUCCUCUUAAGUUUCCUGGGAUCUUGGCUCCCAGAACAAGCCAAAAUAAAGACCUGACUGUUGCCAUGAGGAAGCCUGUCAGGCCAGAGCCAAGAUGGCUUGUGUAUCACAGGGCCAGGACCAAAAGCGUCUUGCAUGCUGUGAGAAAAAGGGGCCUCUGUCUUUCUCAUGUUGACACUGAUUGCUGUGCCAAAUCCUUUGUGGAGAAGUUUGCUGGGAGCUACCUAUAGCACCAAGGAGAGGGAAAGCCAGGGUGUUGGGGUGCUCAGGCCCCCUGCCCGACUUGUACUAGAACUCAGGUCCUAGCCCGAGUAUCCUGGGGGGUUCUGACAUCUUCUCUCUGAGUCUGUGAGUCACUUAGGGUGGGUAAAUAUCUCCCACAGAGCCUGCCUGAGUAUCCACUCAUGCAGAGACGAAUGGGUACUACCUCUCCUGCCCCUGCCUGCCCCUAGACAAAUCAGUCUUUAGAAGGACAAAGGCCCUUACUGGUUUCCCUGAUGUAGGGAAAGGACUGUCAGGGAAAUGGGUAAAUCCAUGUGUUCAUCUGGGAGAGCUCUGCAGAUACCCAGUUGUGCCAUGUUUUGUCCCUGUGAGGAACUGCAUACCUUUGAGUCAUGACUCUUUCCACGAUGAUGAUACCAAGGGAGAGAACCCUCCCUGCUCUUUGCCUCAAUUUUCUCUUGGUGAUCCACAGCCUAAUCCUACUCCUUCCUAUGGUACAAUUUCCUAGUGUACCAUAGGAAAUAGCCCCGACUAGCAUCUUUUAUUCAAGAAUGAACUCCAGGCCAGGAUGUAGUUCAGUUAGUAGAGGGCUAUCCUAGCAUGCUAGUUUGAUCCCCAUCAUUGUAUAAACCGGAUGAAGUGCACAUGCCUAUAACCCCAGUACUUUGGAAGUAGAGAUAGGAGGAUCAGAAGUUCAAA